GCAUAAAGAUGAACAUUACAUGCAUGCAUGGUAACUAUAUAAACUACUAUACCUUCACAGCUAAUGUAUCUACUACAUCUAAAAACAGCUAGCUAAUUAACUCACCAUCAUGGCGUUCGGACGCCGUUCACUCUUCUUGCCGGUGGUGGGCGUCGCGGCCAUCCUGCUGCUCGCCGCCGGCCACGCGACCGCCGUCAACACCGGCGAGACCGUCGUGUUCUGGGGCCGGAACAAGGACGAGGGCUCUCUCCGUGAGGCCUGCGACACCGGCCUCUACACCUCCGUCAUCAUCUCCUUCCUCGCCGUCUUCGGCCACGGCCGCUACUCCCUCGACCUCUCCGGCCACGACGUCUCCGCCGUCGGCGCCGACAUCAAGCACUGCCAGUCCAAGUACAUCCCCGUGCUCCUCUCCAUCGGCGGCCAGGGCGGCGCCUACUCCCUCCCCACCAACGCCUCCGCCGCCGACGUCGCCGACCACCUCUGGGACUCCUUCCUCGGCGGCGGCCGAGCCGGCGUGCCCCGCCCCUUCGGCGACGCGGUGGUGGACGGCGUCGACCUCUUCAUCGACCAGGGCGGCGCCGAGCACUACGACGAGCUUGCCCGGCGGCUGUUCAGCCACUACAAGUUCGAGAUGCUGCUGACGGCGACGACGAGGUGCUCGUACCCGGACCACCGCCUCGACAUGGCGCUGGCGACGGGGCUGUUCACGCACAUCCACGUCCGGGUGUUCGGCGGCGGCGGCGACGCCGGCUGCACGACGCGCCACAGGGCGUCGUGGGAGAGGUGGGCGGCGGCGUACCCCGGCAGCCUGGUGUACCUCGGCGUGGUGGCCUCGCCGGAGCAGGACGCCAACGCCUACCUGCCGCGUAAGGUUCUCUUCUCCGACGUGCUCAGCCACAUCGUCGAGAAGCCCAACUAUGGUGGAUUGAUGAUCUGGGAUAGGUACUACGACAAGAAGACCGGCUACUCCGCUGGAAAAGUUUUUUAAUUAACUUCCAAUAGACUGGAAAUUAGUUAACCAUGGUGACCAAUACUAAUGAAUAAGGAUUUGUAGAAAACAAGGAUGUGGUUUUGUCAAUGAUGUGCUUCUAUGCUCAUAAAUAAAUACACGGACUUAAUAAGAGGAUCAGAAGAAUGGAUUUUAAUCUCU